CAGCAAUUACUUAGUUGACUGCUAGAAGCUCCUCCGGUUCUACACCACUCGGUGAUACCAUCGCUUGUCAGCGAGAACUAAUCUCACACUUUACUGACCCGCGAGGUUGAAGUUCACCCUGCGAUUUCCUUCAACCGCAAGUUUGGCGCGCAAAAAUAAGGCCUCGUCGGUGAUUAUGCGGUUGCUGUAGAUGCAAAUCAUCUCGUGCCUAGUGCUCGCGUUUUGUUUUAAUCGCUGAGCAAGUGGGGUUCAAGUUUUUCAAUUGGAAAUUAUGAAGUAUUGAAGUCAUUUUAUGGACAAUUGAUUAAUCAAGUUCGGUUACCGAUGAGAGAAGGGCGGUAAAAUAAUCGACAGAAGCGAUGGUGAAUCAAACAAGUGUGUGCUAGUUUUGCUAGAAUUUAUCGCGCGAAGACUAAUCGCCAAGUAUUUUUCACAUUCAAAUCGCAAUGAGGAAUGUUGGCACAUUUCUCGUUGCCCUGCUGUUCUGCAAGGCUCGGGGCUUUGCACACCUACUCGAAGAAGAAAAAGAGCCAACAUUCCUGACCGCCAGCGUCGGCGGUCACAUCGUUUUCAACUGCGACCUAGACUUUCCGCACGACCUUCCAAUCCCCUACAUCUUGCGAUGGAACCAUGAGGGGACGUUAGUAUAUUCGUGGUACGACGGUGAGUUAAUCGAGACUGAUGACUACGCUGGGAGAAUUCACCUGAUCGGGGAUGGCGGAGGCAAAGGAUACGGGCAAGGGAGUAUCAAUCUGACCAGCAUCCGCGAGACGGAUCAAGGAUGGUACGAGUGUCGGGUUAUAUUCCCGAACAGGACGCCGAGCUCCAGGAACAACGGGACGUGGGUGCACCUGACGAUAGAUGUUGGAGCAGACGGUGCCGGCAGUCCAAAUUCCUCGAGAGAAGUGCAAAUUGACGAAACGCGUGGGCAUACCGGUGUGCCCGUGCGGCCACCGAUUGUUACAGGAGAAAAUUUGCUGGCUGUACCGCCCAUAAAUCAAACCACAAUGGAAGGUAACACCGCAAACUUUGCCUGCGUAACUAAGGACACGAGCUCAGUGGUCAACUGGUAUCGAGACGGGGUUGCGAUCUCGGACAUCGAGGAGCUUCGCGACCGAGCAACCAUUCGCAGCGAUGGGACACUCACCAUCACUUCAGCCGCCAUGAGCGACCUGGGAGAAUACACCUGCACCAUUACCAGCCCAAAUAACGAAAGGCAAAGUGCCACUGCCUUUCUAAACGUUCAGUAUAAGGCGAAGGUGAUUUACGCCCCGCGAGAAGUUUACCUCCCUUACGGGAGACCCGGACUUCUGGACUGUCACUUCAGGGCGAAUCCACCCUUAACCAAUCUGCGCUGGGACAAGGACGGGUUUCUCUUCGACCCUUACAACGUUCAAGGAGUGUUUUACAGGCGGAACGGAUCUUUGUACUUCAGUAAAGUGAACGAAACUCAUUCCGGCAGUUACACUUGCACCCCAUUCAACAAUCUUGGAACCGAGGGUCCCAGUCCGCCGAUCAAUGUGAUAGUGCAAAGGCCGCCUGUUUUCACCGUAACUCCGCAGAACUUUUACAUUCAAAAACUGGGCGAGAGUAUUGAGAUACCAUGUGACGCCAGAGACGGAGAUCAGACCCAUCGUCCUACCAUCGUCUGGUUCAAGGACGGGACGCCACUUUCAUCAGAUCGAGUAGCUAUCAACGGAGGGAAUUUGACGAUCGAACGGAUCCAGGAGGAGGAUCGAGGUGUCUACCAAUGCGCGGCCAGCAACGAGGCAGCCACGGUUGUUGCUGAUGCUGAGCUUAUGGUUCUGGAUGCUCCACCGAGAGCACCGUACAAUUUAAGUGCAACAAGCAGUAGAGACACGGUGAUUUUGCGAUGGGUUCCGGGCUUCGUGCGGCCCAAGAUGGAAUACUCGGUUUGGUACAGACCAACCGACACCUCCGAAUGGCGGACGAUGAAAAUUUUGUCACGAAAGACAACUGAGGCCACAAUCAACAACUUGACCCCUGGUCGUGAGUACGAGUUCAUGGUAUUGAGCAAGUAUAAACACGGGGAUGGAAUGUUCAGCAAAGCUUUACGCAUUCAUACCAAACCAAGUGCCAUUGACGAGAACUCUGCAUCGGAAUUCAGAAGUCCAAAAGAAUCCUCGGAAUACAUGAGCACCCCACGAAAUUUGAGGGUGCAACCAGCAGUCGAAGGUUACUUGGUAACCUGGGACCCUCCAGCGCAAGGAAGCGAUCUAGUCAGAGUGUACACGGUGAGAUGGUUCCGAGGACCAUUGGAGCAGCUCUAUGGAAUGGCUGAAACCACGGACACGUCCUACUUGGUGAAAACACUCGAGGAGGAGAGCUACUACACGUUCGAAGUCACCGCGAUGUCGCUCUCCGACGAUUUCGCGACAAGCGAUCGGUUCGGCCUCGAGGUUCCGGCCUACAGAAGAAACAGGGCAAUUUCAAUGGGAAUUGUGGCAGGGAUCGGUUUUCUGGCGGCCGCAUUAGCCGCCGUCUGGUGGGCGAGGAAGAAAUUUUGUCGGGGAUUAUCUAACGAGAAGUAACGGUUUUACCGAUCACCCAUUUGCUCGUGGCAUGAUCGGGUCAAAGAAGGAAUUCAAACUACGAUGUGAACGGAAGUUGAGUCUGAAGAGAAGAUCGGUAGGUUAGGAGAAUAAAAAUAAAGAAAGAAAUUGAAAAUUCGAACUGUACUGCAUAGUGUUUGUCAAAUUUUGGAAACCAUUUUUUCACCGUUUAAGUCUAUUCCGUUUCCGGAUUAAUCGACUCCUAGAUAAGAUGUUUUUAUUCAGUGUAUGUAAUGGAUAACAUAUAAAUAAAUCAACAUCAUUAUAUGUAAUUUAAAAAUCA